GAAACAGUGCUCCUUUUGCUAUCACUGACUCCGCACACCCUCCUUAGGCAAUAAACUUGGCAGAGACAUCAAAAGUUUCCUAACCAGAUACUACUGGAAGCAUAUGUGCAACGCUAGCAAAGAUGGAUGGAAGUCCCUUCAACUGUUCCUCACUCCUAGUCCCAGUUCAGCUAUCACCAGAUGGAUGCAAGUCUUAUGACUCUGAAUGUAAGCACCAGCAAUGCUCAGCAGGUGCCCAGGACCCUUGUCAAAGUAGACCACUACUGAAGAGGCUGGAAGCCCAGGAUCCAAAACUCACAAUGGAGAUUGAUGUCGCUGGUGAAAAGUCUGACAAAACACAAAAGACAACAGGCAAAUGUUGCCAGGAAAUGUUGAGAGCCCUGAGCUGUGUCACGGGAGAUAUGAAGAUGUUUGGAGACUGGCUAAAAGAUAAGCCUGUGGCCCUCCAGUUUGUUGACUGGCUUCUGCGGGGUGUUUCUCAAGUGAUCUUUGUCAACAAUCCGCUCAGUGGCAUCAUCCUGCUUAUUGGAUUCCUGGUGCAGAGCCGUUGGCUGACACUCAUGUGCUGCACUGGAGUGAUUGUCUCAACUUUAACUGCAGUUAUUCUAAGCCAAGAGAGAUCCGCGAUUGCUGCUGGACUUCAUGGCUACAAUGGUGUCCUUGUAGGGAUGCUGAUGGCUGUCUUCUCAGACAAGGGCGAAUAUUACUGGUGGCUCCUACUGCCUGUUAUUCUCAUGUCCAUGACCUGCCCUAUCUUUACCAGCGCUUUAGGUUCGCUCUUCAGCAAAUGGGAUCUUCCGGUUCUCACACUCCCUUUCAAUUUGGCGCUGAGUCUGUUUCUAGGGGCCACCGGCCAUUAUAAUUCUUUCUUCCCUACAACGCUGAUAGAACCAACCGCCUCUUUGCCCAACAACUCUUGGUCCGAUGUUCAAGUGACUAUGCUCCUGAGGUCUAUCCCAGUAGGAGUCGGGCAGGUCUACGGUUGCGAUAACCCUUGGACUGGUGGCAUCGUCAUGCUGGCUGUCUUCAUUUCAUCUCCUCUCAUCUUCGGUCACGCGGUGCUUGGCUCAGCAGUUGGAAUACCGGCAGCCCUGAGCCUGGCUUCCCCCUUGAACAGAAUUUAUGCCGGUUUGUGGAAUUACAACAGCUGCCUCUCCUGUAUCGCCAUCGGAGGGAUGUUCUACGCCCUCACCUGGGAGACAUUUGCGUUGGCAAUAGCUUGCGCUUUUUUUACCACCUACGUGGGGGAAGCGAUGGGCCACAUCUUUUCCGUGUUUGGGAUGCCAAUAGGGACUUGGCCUUUCUGCUUAUCUGCCCUCACCUUCCUGCUCUUAACCACCACCAACGAGGCCAUCUUCAAGCUGCCCCUUUCCAAAGUCACCUAUCCCGAAGCCAACCGGGAGUACUAUCUGGAGAGAAAGAAACCGUGCCCUGAAUCCAUUUGUGACAAAGUGUAAGACAGCAUAUCGAAGAGUCUGUCGUGUCCCACUCCUCUUCUGACGGCCGGGUCUGGGAAGUCUGUAUCAAGCAUGGCCACGAAGCCUCUGCAGCUUUGCCAAAUUCCUGACUUCAGCAACCAGAUGAGAUUUUGCCUGACUCAAGGAAUGCCAAAAAGCAGAUUUUUUAUAUAGGCUAUGGGGUGUGGUUCCAUGACUCAGCGCUUAUCCAGGCCUGCCACUCCCUUCCUUUUGCUGACGUCGCCUCUCCAUUCUCCAGAAGUGGGCAUCUGUCCACUGUGUCUUUUCUUCCUCAGCUGCCAGCAAUUCUAGCUCAUGGCCGGCUUUGUGCUCACACGCUGUAGGGAGGUUUGUUUGCUCAGUCUGUCCGGGCAUGGUGCCAGGGCUGGGGGCUGGAGGCAUGCCAGGCCAUUCUUCUUCACUAUCGGUCUCUGGCUCAGAUAGCAGGAGAUGGGAGGGGCCUGGCUGAGGAGAGGAGGGCGGGCAAGACACAACAGAGUCGCUCUUGCAACUAGAGAGUCUUCCCAAAGAAGAACAGAAGGAAAACUUACGUUUUUGGUGAACAGUUUUGUUCUUCUCGCUUGUAGAUGCCUUCACUUGGAUCAGUCAAGUUCAACUUUCAGGGAUGUUCUUCAGUCAGAAGUGAAUGUAUUCAUCUGGAAAGGAACAUAAUAUAUGUGGGACAAUUCAGUUUAGACCAGAGGUGUCCAAAUUUGGCAACUUUAAGACUUGUGGUCUUCAACUCCCAGAAUUCCUUAGCCUUGUUUAAAAAAAAAAAGCCAUAAAAUCAGACAUGACUCACUUAAGAACUGCCUUGUUUAGCAAUGGAAAUUCUGGUACCAAUCAUUGUUGUAAGUUAAGGACUGCUUGUAAAGAAGAGAAAUUAUUAUUAUUAUUAUUUAUAAACUUAGCUGUUACCUGCAAGUUAUGACUACUUUAAUGAAUGAGUGAAUACUUUAUUUGGCCAAGUGUGAUUAGACACACAAUAUUCUCUUUAUACAAAUACUAGCUGAUAACCUGGCAUUGCCCAGGUAUUUAUUUAUCCCAAUCCUGUAUUAGGAUUUUCCCCCUUACCAGAGGGAGCCUCCUUGUGGAGUACUGUGAAGCCAUUAUCAUGGCAAUUCCAUUGUGCUGCACAGUAGAAGCCAUUUUAAGGCAGUACAAUAGACACCAUUUUAAGGCACAACAGGCUGUAUCUUAACGGAACACAUACCCUGAGGGGUGUCUUACCUCCGCAGUAUUUCUUUCCAGAGAGCAAGUCAUCUGUGUACCAAGUUUGGUUGAAAUUGCUUGAGGCAUUCCAGAGUUAUGCUGGAACAUACACACAUACACACAGCCAUUUAGAUAGAUAGAUGAGAGGAAGGGAGAGAGAGAAGGAGGGAGGGAGAGAGAGGGAGAGGGAGAGGGGGAGAGAGAAAGAGAGAGAGAGAGAGAUUGAUUCAGGAAAUAAAUUGUUACAAGAUACAUUUACAACAUCCUCUAAUUCCUAGCAACACAGAGAGUCGUGAGAGGUCAGUGCUAGAGCAAAAUUUAUACGAAGAAGGCUUUGCAGAUAUAUCAAUGGAUUCCCAAUUUAUUAACCAAAAUGUAUAUCUGCACCUUGAAGACAUAAUUAAUCUAGACGUGAUUGUAUAUCAGUUCCUUUUCUAAGCAACAUGAGAAAUGCUUGGAAUGACGAGCGACCACACAGGCAGUUCUUCUCCCAGUUUUGGUAAGUUGUUCCAGAAGGACAGAUGAGACAAGGAGGUAACAGUGACCAGGUAGAAUGAUCAAAUUAGGACAUUCUCGUUAGAAGCAGGGGAAUCUCUGCAACAGAAGAGAUUAUUUGCAGUUUAGGAUUGAACUAGCGUCCUUGGGUCCUUGGUGCUCUUUGAACUUGGCUGUUUUCUUGCAGACAUUUCAAUACCCAGUUAGGUAAUGUCAUCAAUGCUAGAAGGGAGCAGGGUUUGCUUUAUUUUUAAAGACUAGUGCAGUCCUGGUGAACCUUUUCAGGGCGGCACGCAUGCAUGUGCCAUAAACCGGAAGAGCAGCAGCCUGGUGCCCAUGUGCGUGCCAAGAAGAUAAUUUUCCAGUUUCCGGCAUACACAUGUGCACCGGCUACCAGGUCUUCCAGUUUCUGGCAUGCAUACACACGCCGGAAGAGCAACCACCAGGCACACAUGCGCAUGUCGGGAAGAUGAUCUUCCAGUUUCUGAUGCGCACAUGUGCACCAGACAGCCAGUCUCCCAGUUUCCAGUAUGUAUGCAUGUAUGAAGACCAGCUGGCCGGUGCACAUGCGCACCCUGGAAACUGGAAGAUCAUGUUGCCGGCACGCGCAUGUGCUGUUCUUCCGGUUUCUAGCACUCCCACACACGUAAAGACCAGCUGGCCAACAUGCUGGAACACGGAAGAGCAACGGCCAUCGGCUCAUGCGCUCAGAGAGAUGGCUCUGUGUGCCACUUCCAGCAUGCAUGUCAUAGGUUCGGGGGGACUAUUACGGGACUAGUUUGGGGUACUCUAUAGGUGUAUCCCAAUCAAGGAACUAUCAACUCCGACAAACAAUCAAACCAUAAACAAGGAACCACCAAGAACAUGUCCAUCAAUAUUGGCAGGGCAAACCACUUGCACAUAAAGAGAGAACCAACCCCACUCUCUUUUAGAACUGAUGAUGUUACCUAGUUGGGUCAUGAAAUGUUUGUAAGAAAAAAAACCAAGCUCAAACAGCACCAAGGACUCCACAAAACUCUGCAAGUUGUCAUUCUUGGCAGAUCCCACGAAACUGACCCCUGAUGCUAGCCCUGAUACCUCGUCUCCAAACCAUGAUUUGUAAAUGAAAUUAUAGUUUGAAGAACAGGAUUCAUUUUGGGGCCUCUUAGCAAUGCAGAGUGGAGGAGAAGCAUAUUGAAAACAAAGGGAAGUCCAAGGGAAGGAAUCU